AUGACUUGUAAUAUAAAGCAAAUCCAAAAAAAAUCUAAAAUCGCUACUAACCUUGAAGUUGUAGUUUCAACUAUUAGUACUUUAAUUUUCAAAACUAAUAAAGCUACAGAUUUUCUUCAAAUUGAUAACAUCCUUAAAGACUAUAAUGAUCUUGAACCAGCAUUAAAAACUAGUGUCUUCGACUAUAAAUCUGCGAAUAUGAUAGAAGUGUAUAAUAGUAGCGAUGAAUAUGAUGAUGAGAAUAUGCUUUCAUAUUGUAUAAACAAAGUAAAGAGGUUUAUCACUACACAAUAUCAACAUGCUGAGUCACUUAGAGAGUUCACAAAGUUUGCAUUAGAGAUUGAAUUAGAUUCUGAGCUUUUAGAUAUAAUUAAAAUUGAUUAG